UCUAUCACUUUUUCUUAGUUUCUAUUAAAGUUUCGACUUGCAGUUCUUCUCAGUUUCUGUUUUGGCGGGCAAGAAAACCGAGGAAAUGAAAUCAUAGAAUCUUCAGUACUUCGUGUCCUUUUCUGCGAUUUUCUUCUCUCGUAAACCUUUACCACUCCAGUCGCAAGCAAUCAAUGUGGAUGGAGAGUUCUUUUAUGUUUUUUUUUAAAUUUUUUUUUAUGAUUAUUUAAUGUGCCGUCCAAAUAGUGGAAAAAAAAAUGUUGGACUUUGAAUUCAGAAUCCCUUCCAUUUCGUCAUUUUCUUGCACUUUCUCAGCAACCAAACGAGAGACUUCAAAUAAUUCAGUCAUUUUUUAAUGAUUAAUAUAAAUGUGAAGUUGUGCUUCUCUUUUGCAGGGUUUGUUUGCUAGGAGGAACUUUUAGAUUCUCUCGAAUGGUGGUUUUUGGAUCCAAACAAGCAGCUCUGAGGGAAAGUCAGUGUGAUCGUAUAUAUUAGGGUUUGAAUUUCAUUAAUUAAGUUCUUUCUGCUAUGAUGGAGAUUGGAAUAGGAAGUCUUUUGUCAAAGUCAAGUAUGACAUUCACUUCCGAUCAUACCUCAGUUGCAUCAAUGAAUCUAUUUGUGGCACUUCUUUGCGCUUGUAUAGUUAUUGGUCAUUUGUUGGAGGAGAAUCGAUGGAUGAAUGAGUCCAUUACUGCAUUAGCUGUGGGUCUUUGUACAGGAAUCAUAAUUUUGCUUACAAGCAAAGGGAAGAGCUCACGUAUACUAGUAUUUAGUGAAGAUUUAUUCUUUACUUAUCUUCUUCCACCUAUCAUAUUUAAUGCGGGGUUCCAGGUGAAAAAGAAGCAAUUUUUUCGAAACUUCAUGACUAUUAUGCUCUUUGGUGCGGUUGGGACUCUGAUAUCCUUUGGCAUCAUAUCAGUAGGUGCAAUACACUUCUUCAAGAAAAUGAAUAUUGGUUCCCUCAAGAUAGGAGAUUAUCUCGCAAUUGGCGCAAUAUUUUCAGCAACAGACUCAGUUUGCACGUUACAGGUGCUUAAUCAGAAUGAGACCCCUCUUCUAUACAGUUUAGUAUUUGGGGAGGGUGUGGUGAAUGAUGCUACAUCAGUGGUGCUUUUCAAUGCUAUCCAGAACUUUGAUCUUUCUCACAUCAACUCAAGAAUUGCUCUACAAUUUGUUGGGAACUUUUUCUCGCUGUUCAUCUUGAGCACCUUACUGGGAGUUUUUGCUGGACUGCUUAGUGCAUACAUUAUCAAGAAGCUAUAUUUUGGCAGGCAUUCCACUGAUCGUGAAGUUGCUCUGAUGAUACUCAUGGCAUACCUUUCAUACAUGCUGGCUGAACUAUUUUAUUUAAGUGCCAUUCUCACUGUAUUCUUUUGCGGAAUAGUAAUGUCUCACUACACAUGGCAUAAUGUGACCCAAAGCUCUAGGGUGACUACAAAGCAUGCUUUUGCUACUUUUUCAUUUGUUGCUGAGAUUUUCAUCUUUCUUUACGUUGGCAUGGAUGCCUUGGACAUUGAGAAGUGGAAGGUUGUAAGUGAUAGUCCUGGAAAGUCGGUUGGGGUGAGUGCAAUACUUAUAGGAUUGAUUCUGGUUGGAAGAGCUGCCUUUCUUUUCCCCUUAUCAUUUAUAUCCAACUUGACUAGGAAGUCCCCCAAUGAGAAAAUUAGCUUUAAACAACAAGUAACAAUUUGGUGGGCUGGCCUUAUGCGUGGUGCUGUGUCUAUGGCACUUGCUUAUAAUCAGUUCACCAAAUCGGGGCACACUCAAUUACAUGGAAAUGCCAUGAUGAUCACUAGUACUAUUACAGUUGUUCUUUUCAGCACAGUGGUUUUUGGCUUUAUUACUAAACCACUAGUUAGAAUUCUACUCCCUUCAACGAAACAAAAUGCUGACAAGAACUCUUCAGAGCCAUCUUCUCCUAAAUCCUUCACUGUGCCACUUCUCAGCAAUGGUCACGAUUCCGAUAUUGAACAUAGCAGCCACAAUGUCCCUCGGCCAACCAGUUUGCGAAUGCUCCUGAGCAAACCUUCACACACAGUGCACUAUUAUUGGCGAAAGUUUGAUGAUUCCUUCAUGCGACCUGUUUUUGGUGGCCGGGGUUUUGUACCAUAUGUACCUGGCUCACCCUUAGAGCAAAGUAUUCAGGAAUGGUAACAAAGACAUGAAGUCAAAAGUUCAGAAGUACUGAUUUGUAGGGCCUUUUGGGUAGAACAUAUGAUAUUGGAUUUCUGUGUGGAGGUUUUUUUGGUAUACUGAUAAGAGAUUGCAGAAUGAGGUUGUAACUUGUAACAGCAGCUUUAUUCAGUGUGUUGUCCUGCUGCUGCUGAUGAUGAUUUGAUUUCCUGGGUUUUGAUUUUUGUGAGUCAAAAUAUGUAGGCAUUGCCAGUGAUUUUGUAACCUUAAUUAGGAGUAGCUUAGUAGAUCACGCAUAUUGAGUCUUUAUACAUACAGAAUUCUGUAUUUGUUCUUAUUUGUUUGUAAUUUAAUACAAAGGUGUUUGAUUC